AUGAGUAAUCUCUUUUUGUCAGCGAUACUGGAAGAAAAGCAGGAUAGCGUACGUGAGGCCGACGCACAAGCAACACAGUCACGACUGAAAACCCUUCAGGGGUACGACUCACAGAUACCAUGCAACGAUGCUGUGAAUAUAGAUAAGCUCCAAUUGGCACAACCUUGGCUCUUAGCAGAACCACUAACCAAAGCUAAAAUGGUAACCCAAAAGUUGCGUAGAGACGGAAGGUGCAACGCCUUUGUGAACAAUGACUUAGUUAGCAAUUUUCGGCCUUAG